GGGGCACCAGAAAGGCUGUGCGCAGGGCGAAUCUUUUUUAAAUACCGACCUAGCCACCCCUCCUGCCACCCAGAACCUUUCUUCUUCUGAUUCUUCAGGUCUUCCUCUCCCCUUCCUUCUCUAGAGUUUUCGUUCAUUCAAAGAACGCUCUCCACUCAGUCUUUCUUGUGACUUCGCUCUCGAAGGGCCAGGAUAGAGUAGACAUUUCGACCCUCCAUCGAAGUUCUACGGGCUCUCACCGGUCGCAAAAGUUCCGCUCGCACAGCAGGAUAUCCAUUAGACGCGAGCACAUCUUCGCUUUCCGGAUAGACGGGACGACAGGAUCUUCGGCCUUGCGACGCUCAUAGACUUCGGGUCUCUUUUUUUCAUUCGGACACAAACAUAUACACAUCACCCAUAAUGCCGUCACAAGUGGCUGCCGAGAACGCCAAGAGCGUCAAGGUGCUCGACGAGCUGAUGCAAAAGCUCACCAUCUCCAAGGAGGCCGAUGCCGUUAAGGAGUCCGCCGGCGCGAUUGCGUCGUUCAUCAACGGGCCCAUCCAGGACCUUGAGACCCCCACCAACUUGAAAGCCAAGAUGGUCGCUUUGACGGUUGAUGCGUUGAAGAAACAGCUCGGGAACAAGAAGGAUGCCACUGUCCGGGAAAAGGCGCUCGUGACCAUCGAGGCUAUCGCUCGCCACUCUGAGGUUUCCGCUCAUGUCGAGCCCUACCUCGUUGCGCUGCUUCCCAGCGUUCUGGCUGGUGCUGGCGACAAAAUCACCGCCGUUAAGAAUGCCGCCAUCGCGGCUGCCCUGGCCAUCGCGGAGGCCAUCAACCCCAACGCCGUCAAGGCCACCCUGCCGGCCCUGAUCGAGUCGCUUCGGAACGCUCAGAAGUGGCCCGAGAAGAUGACGGCUCUCGACUUCAUCGACACGAUCGUUCGGAUCGCGCCCACUCAGACCGCCCUCCGCGUGCCAGACCUCAUUCCUGUUGUCUCCGAGGCUAUGUGGGACACCAAGAAGGAAGUCAAGGACCGCGCCUACAAGACCAUGGAAAAGGUGUGCCAGCUCAUCGUCAACCGCGACAUUGAGCGGUUCAUCCCCGAGCUUAUCAAGUGUAUCGCCAAGCCUGAGAACGUCCCGGAGACCGUUCACUUGCUUGGUGCUACCACCUUCGUCACAGAGGUCCAGGAACCUACCCUUGCCCUCAUGGUUCCUCUCCUCGACCGUGGUCUUGCCGAGCGCGACACGGCUAUCAAGCGCAAGUCGGCAGUCAUUGUCGACAACAUGUGCAAGCUGGUCGACGACCCCAACAUCGUCGCCCCUUUCCUGCCCAAAAUGAUGCCCGGUCUGCAGAAGAACUUUGAGAACCUUGCCGAUCCCGAGGCUCGUGAAAAGACGAAGCAGGCCCUCGACACCCUCAUCCGCGUCGGUAACGUUGUCGACGGCAAGAUCCCUGAGGUCCGCAACCACGGUGAUGUCGCCACCGUUAUGGGUCACCUCAAGGAGAUCCUCUCUGGCAAGCAUGCCGCCGCUUUCGAGAAGUAUGCGGCGGUUCUCGAGUAUGCCGCCGCUAUCGCGGGCCAGCUGGUCGACGAGAAGGUCACCGAUGGUGCUACGUGGGCCGAGAGCGUUAAGCCUUACAUGACUGUCGUUGUCGGUGAUGACGAGUCCCAGUCGGUCGUCGAUGCCCUGCGCAAGCGUGCCACUCCUAACUUCGUCGACGACGAGGAGGUUGAGGAUGAUGAGGAGGAGGGCGAGGACCUGUGCAACUGCACCUUCUCGCUUGCCUACGGCGCCAAAAUCUUGUUGAACCAGACCAGCCUUCGCCUCAAGCGUGGCCAGCGCUACGGUCUGUGCGGCCCGAACGGUUCGGGAAAGUCGACUCUGAUGCGCGCCAUCAACAAUGAGCAGGUUGAGGGUUUCCCCAAGCAGAGCGAAGUCAAGACCGUCUUCGUCGAGCACGAUCUGGACUCGGCGGAUACGGAAAUGACCACGAUCGAUUGGACGAUGAAGAAGCUCGCUGAGGCCGGCGUUGAGACCACGCGCGAAGACGUCGUGAAGCGCCUGCAUGAGUUCGGCUUCACCACUGAGAUGAUCGAGAACGAGAUCACCUCCCUGUCUGGUGGUUGGAAGAUGAAGCUGGCCUUGUGCCGUGCGGUCUUCGAGGCUCCCGACAUCCUUCUUCUCGAUGAGCCGACAAACCAUCUCGACGUGAAGAACGUGAAGUGGCUCGAGGACUAUCUCAUUAGCUCCCCUUGCACGUCCAUUAUCGUAUCCCACGAUAGUGGAUUCUUGGAUAAUGUGUGCCAACACAUUAUCCAUUACGAGCGCUUCAAGCUCAAGCGCUACAAGGGCAACCUGAAGGAGUUCGUUCGUCGUGUUCCUUCGGCCAAGUCUUACUACGAACUUGGAGCUUCUGAGAUGGAAUUCAGUUUCCCCGAGCCCGGAUUCCUCGAAGGUGUCAAGACCAAGGCCAAGGCCAUUCUGCGCGCCACCAACAUGAGCUUCCAGUACCCUGGAACCUCGAAGCCGCAGCUCACGGAUAUCUCGUUCCAGUGCUCGCUCGGUUCACGUAUCGCCGUCAUCGGCCCCAACGGCGCUGGAAAGUCAACGCUUAUCAACGUCCUCACUGGCGAGCUUAUCCCCACCGGGGGUGAGAUCUAUCAGCACGAGAACAUCCGCAUUGCGUACAUUAAACAGCACGCAUUUGCGCAUAUUGAUAACCACCUGGACAAGACUCCAAGUGAGUACAUCCAGUGGCGUUUCCAGACCGGCGAGGACCGGGAAACCAUGGAUCGCGCAAACAAGAUUAUCACCGAGGCCGAUGAGGAGGCCAUGAACAAAAUCUUCAAGGUUGAUGGAACUCAGCGCCGCGUCAUCGGCAUCCACAGCCGCCGGAAGUUCAAGAACUCGUACGAGUACGAGUGCUCGUUCGCUCUCGGUGAGAACGUGGGCAUGAAGAACGAGCGUUGGGUGCCCAUGAUGACCGCCGACAACGCAUGGUUGCCCCGUAACGAACUGCUCGCGUCCCAUCAGAAGAUGGUCGCGGAAGUCGACAUGAAGGAGGCCCUCGCCUCCGGUCAGUUCCGCCCUCUGGUCCGCAAGGAGAUCGAGGCUCACUGCGCCAACUUCGGUCUCGAUGCCGAGCUGGUUUCGCACUCGCGCAUGCGUGGUCUCUCUGGUGGUCAGCGUGUGAAGGUUGUUCUCGCUGCUUGCUCGUGGCAACGCCCUCACUUGAUCGUCCUCGAUGAGCCCACCAACUACCUGGACCGCGACUCUCUUGGUGCUCUGUCGAAGGCUCUUAAGAAGUUCGAGGGUGGUGUGAUCAUUAUCACUCAUUCCGCUGAAUUCACUAAGGACCUGACCGAGGAGGUCUGGGCGGUGAUGGAUGGCAAGAUGACCCCCUCGGGUCACAACUGGGUGCAAGGCCAGGGCUCUGGUCCUCGCCUUAAGCAAGACGACGGUGAUGAGGAGGAGAAAUUCGACGCCAUGGGAAAUAAGAUCGAGGCCACCAAGAAGAAGGCCAAGCUCACCAGCGCCGAGGCGCGGAAGAAGAAGAAGGAGCGGAUGGCCCGCCGCAAGCGUGGUGAGGAAGUCUUCAGCGAUGACGACCUCUAA